AUGAUAGAGGCCACAAGUUUUUGUAAAGAGGUAGAAAAGGAGAGGAAUGAUAGAGGCCACAAGUGUAGUAAAGAGGUAGAAAAGGAGAGAAAUGAUAGAGGCCACAAGUGUUGUAAAGAGGGAGAAAAAGAGAGAAGUGAUAGAGACCACAAGCGUUGUAAAGAGGUAGAAAAGGAGAGAAGUGAUAGACACCACAAGAGGCCACAAGUUUUUGUAGAAAAGGAGAGACAUGCUAGAGGCCACAAGCGUUGUAAAGAGGUAGAAAAGGAGAGAAAUAAAAGAGGCCACAAGCGUGGUAAAGAGGUAGAAAAGGAGAGAAAUGAUAGAGGCCACAAGCGUUGUAAAGAGGUAGAAAAGGACAGAAAUGAUAGAGGCCACAAGUGUUGUAAAGAGGAAGAAAAAGAGAGAAAUGAUAGAGACCACAAGUGUUGUAAAGAGGUAGAAAAGGAGAGAACUGAUAGAGGCCACAAGCGUUGUAAAGAGGUAGAAAAGGACAGAAAUGAUAGAGGCCACAAGUGUUGUAAAGAGGUAGAAAAGGAGAGAAAUGAUAGAGGCCACAAGUGUUGUAAAGAGGUAGAAAAGGAGAGAAAUAAUAGAGGCCACCAGUGUUGUCAAGAGGUAGAAAAGGAGAGAAAUGAUAUAGGCCACAAGCGUUGUAAAGAGGUAGAAAAGCAGAGAAAUAAUAGAGGCCACAAGCUUUGUAAAGAGGUAGAAAAGGAGAGAAAGAAAAUAGGCCACAAGCGUGGUAAAGAGGUAGAAAAGGAGAGAAAUGAUAGAGACCACAAGUGUUGUAAAGAGGUAGAAAAAGAGAUAAAUGAUAGAGACCACAAGUGUUGUAAAGAGGUAGUAAAGAAGAGAUAUGAUAGAGGCCACAAGUGUUGUAAAGGGGUAGAAAAGGAGAGAAGUGAUAGAGACCACAAGUGUUGUAAAGAGGUAGAAAAGGAGAGAAAUGAUAGAGAACACAAGCGUUGUAAAGAGGUAGAAAAGGAGAGAAAUGAUAGAGGCCACAAGCGUUGUAAAGAGGUAUCUCUAAGCAGAAUAAACCAACGAUUCUGUACAGGGUGA